AUGGAAGACACUUGGCUUACAAGGAAUUUGGAUACCCUAGAGACAAAGCCAAGUUCAAGAUCAUAUACAUCCACGGCUUGGAUUCUUGUAUGCUCGACUCGCCUUUCCCUGAGUUCUUAUCUCCGUUAUGGAGAGAGUGAUCCUGACCCGAACCGAUCACCGAGAAGGAUAACUCUGGAUAUAGAAGAGCUCGCUGAUGGGUUAGGACUAGGACCUAACUUCUAA